AUGCAAUCUGGUCAGAAAACACUCAGCGAACUGACAAUCGGGGAACUCAAAGGGGAACUAACCAAAAGAGGGUUAGGAACCAUGGGCACGAAGUCAGAACUUUACCUAACACUUGAACAAUACAUUCAGGAAACAGAGGGGGAAAACCCACAAAACUACGUUUUUUACAAAGCGCAACAAAAUCCCCCACAACCACCAACAGCCUGGGUGACGGAAACACAUCCACCCGGAGGCAGCAAAAAUAAGGACCAACAAAUCGAUACAGAACAACAAAAAACCCAGGACAAUAGGAAAACCCAAAAUAAAAACGGGGAAAACCCAACAUCCACAACUAACUUACUAGAGCGGACACUCGCAGAGAUUCUAGACCGACUAGUGAAACUGGAGGCGACAAGCACAAACGAACCGAUUCUAGGAGCAAUGGAAAGCCUGACAGAGCGAAUCAAAAAACUGGAAAAACCCGGAAACGGAAAAAAACCCGGAAAACUUCCAGGAAAGUCAAAACAACGAAACCCAAAGAAACCCCCCGGGGCAACACCAAAAUCGAGGGGAUGA